AUGGUGGACAAGGCAUGGAGGAAGAGUUGGCAGUUCAUCGAGAACAGGAUGUCUCUGCGUGUGAAGAAGCAGUCUUCUCCCACUGUUGAAUGUAAGCGUGAGUGAGUACCCUCUCCUGUUUGACUAUAUGCUGGGUUGAAGGGUUGCUCUGGUUAGUUUGUUGAUGCUCUACUUCAUUCUUACUGCUGUGUGAUCAUGUUUUUAUCAAUAUCCUGACUGUGUUGAAUUUAUUCAUAGAGAUUGGGUUGGUGACGUGUUAGAGAAUGAAUAGGGCCGUUACAGUCAUAUUUCAAAUAGUAAUCAAGGCAGACGCACUUACAUGCGCUUUUAAUCAGUGCACAGUGUUGAGAAGCUGAUGUAGGCUGUGUCUAGAAAUAUAAGUAUCAGCACUUCUGAGAAACAACUGCCGUAUUUACCCAUGUGAGUCGUGUUGUUGCUGAAUGCUGCUUUACCACCAACUAUGCAGUAUUGGCUCUUUAAUGAAGUUUCUAAACACACAGGAACACGGACUUCAGCCCUCACUGUUUCCAUUGGCUGUUUUCAUUUAGACAUCCACAGCUUAGUUGGAAUUCAUGCCGUGGGUACUUCAUUCGUAGACAUUUCCUGAACUGAUUCAGCAGCACAGUGUUUAAAGUAAUAUACACACUAUGAAAUAAUGACAGUGCCAAAAGAGUACUGAAUGGUCAAUGUUGGUGGUGAUUACCGUACUUAAUAGGUUCUAGAGUAAUAAUGGAUGAGAUGCCUACUCAAUUUGUGUCAGUGUGGGAUGAGUAUUGAGAGAGCAGUGGAUGAGCACAGGCUAUGAAAGCUUUGAGUGACUGUAUUUCUCUGUAUCAUUGCAGUCUGGUGAAGGCUGAACACUUGAGUAACUGUAUUUCUGGCUGUGUAGUCGCAGUAGACUAACUGUGUAUCUCUUCCUCUGUGGCAUUGCAGUGUGGAGGGGGAUGCACGGCCCAGUGAGAGCGACGGCGGAGCAAGCUACAGGGGUCCAGUGAUAAGCCCAGACCGCUUCGAGGGCCCCCUCUACGGCCACGGGGUGCAGCCGGGCCCCCAGCGGCCCCCUCGCAGGCCCAAGCUCCAGCACUCGCAGUCCAUCCUUCGCAAGCAGGCCGAGGAGGAGGCCAUCAAACGCUCCCGUUCGCUCUCCGAGGGCUAUGAGCUCUCCGCUGACCUCCAGGACAAGCAGGUAGGGUAUCACUGUUUCAUUGUCUUCAGACCCACUUAUCAACAUCUAUACAGAUGUCCUAACCUAUAUACUGUAUGUCCUAUAUAUACACUUAUAAAGCCAUUUUGCACAAACUCCCACAUUACCUGACAUCUUUAAUUAUCCAUGAAGUACGAGUUGCCAAACCAGAUCACAGGGAUGGCUAACUCUGGAAAUUCCGUCUGUUGCUACAGACUUUGGAAAAACAGCUUUUUGUUUCUUUGCACUCCAUGUAUGGAACAAUCUUCAGAGUUCCCUACAAAUGGAUGUAUUGGUGCCUUUCGGGCAGCUCAGUGUUGAUUGAGGACCUCUUUGCUGAGGAAUGUUUUUCAUAAGUGUGUUUUUUAGUUGUAUUUUUUUAUAAUUUUUAGUUGUAUUUCCUAUGUGUAAUUUUGUUGUGUAAUUGUAAGAUGCAGGCCUCCCUUGCAAAAGAGACCUUGGUCUCAAUAGGACUCCCUGUUAAAAUACAGAAGAAGAAAAAAUCUCCCUUACUGAACUACUGUAUCAUUGACCACACUACACACACUCUAACUGAGCAUCUACAGAUACCUUUGAGAGAGAAAGAACAGUGGCAUUGCUUUGCUACAAGUUCUCUGCUCAUCCUUGAAAUUUGUAUUACUAAGAAAUGAUAGCCAUUUUCCCUGGCAAGCUCAAUUCAGUCCCACAAGUGUUUGAGCAUUGGUCAUCAUUUGUGAAAUGGUGUUGCGCUGUAAUCAUUGUCCUAUAAUCAAGAAGUUGUGAUAAUCUGUUCUCCUCUGUCCGUCAGGUGGAGAUGCUGGAGCGUAAAUAUGGCGGACGCUUCAUAACCCGGCAUGCAGCCCGCACCAUCCAGACAGCCUUCCGCCAGUACCAGAUGAACAAGAACUUUGAGCGUCUCAGGAGUUCUAUGUCUGAGAACCGCAUGUCCCGACGCAUCGUUCUGUCCAACAUGAGGAUGCAGUUCUCCUUCGAGGGCCCUGAGAAAGUCCACAGCUCCUACUUUGAGGGGAAACAGGUGUCCCUGACAGACGACGGCACCCCCCUAGCCUUGGUACAGUCUGAGUGCGGGGACCUGGAGGUCCACCACCAGGCCAACAUGGCGUCUCACCCUGCCUCCCAGAACGACCUGACUGACGCCAUCACGGAGCUGGAGGACGCCUUCUCCAGGCAGGUGAAGUCUCUGGCCGAGUCCAUCGACGACGCCUUGAACUGUCGCAGCCAGCAGGGAGACGAGGGUCUUGACCCUGAGGCCAUGGGCUGCCCCAAGGUGGAGAGGGAGGUGGCCUAUCAGGUGAAGCCUCACCGCGGGGCGACGGGACGCAUGCGAGAGGACAUGAUGGCAUCCUACAGCGAUGUGACUCUGUUUAUCGAUGAGGAGGAGCUGUCUCCCUCUAUGGGGCUGUCGCGAGGGUCAGCUGACCAGCCCUCCAGCAUUGAGUCAGACCUCCGCCUGCGCUCAGCCAACUCCUCCCAAGAGUACUGGCCCCUGGACCCCAAAGACGAGGGGCGUGACACGGACACCAGCUGCCGCAGCACACCCUCCCUGGAGUGCCAGGAGCAGCGGCUCAGGGUGGACCACCUCCCCCUGCUGACCAUCGAGCCGCCCAGUGACAGCUCCGCCGAACACAGUGACCGCUCUGACCGCAGCUCCGUCAAACGGCCGCCCGUCUAUGAGCCGCACGGGGGCAGCCACAUCGUGGCAUCCUCCCAGGCCAGCCCCAAACACAUCUCUCAUGGCCCACCCCCGCGGGCGGCCUCCCGGGACGACGAGGCGCCCCUCCGCCACCGCCACCGGGCGCUGGAAAGCCACCUGGCCAUCAACGGCUCGGCCAAUCGGCAGAGCAAGUCUGAGUCUGACUUCUCGGACGGGGAUAACGACAGCAUCAACAGCACGUCUAACUCCAACGACACUAUCAACUGCAGCUCUGAGUCAUCCAGGGACAGCCUAAGGGAGCAGACACUCAGCAAGCAGACGUACCACAAAGAGACACGCAACAGCUGGGACUCGCCGGUCUUCAGCAACGAUGUGAUCCGCAAGAGGCACUAUCGCAUCGGCCUGAACCUCUUCAACAAGUAGGUGCUCAGCUCUGACAGAGUGCUAACUUGGUUGGCCACUGAUUGGUUUAAUUAAGGGUCAGUGAGCAGAGGGUUCCUCAUAGACCUACCUACAGUUAUCAGGGUUGUAUUUGGGCCACACAAUAUAAGGCAAUCAGUCUAAUUCAAGUAAAUUAGCAAGGUUAAAGACAAGUCCUAUGAAAAUGAAAAAAUGCAUAUGAUUUGUAUAAGGUAGGCCUAUAGGUAAGGCAUAUAUUUGUGCAUUCGCAUAAUCUCUUUGUAGACUCAUGUCUACUUAUAGGACUGAUAUACUGUAGAUGAGAAAUUCAGACAGAUGCACUUUUGCAGUCCAUCAGUUUAUCCUCUACUACAUACAGCCAGACAGAGUUGCUCUAUUUUCUGUUCCCUUAUUAAAUAUGAACCACCCUGUUCCUGCUGUGGCCACUUCCUAUCAGUCACAGAAUCAAACACCACACUUGGCUCUGUAGAAUGACUGGAUAGGUCACAUAAGGACACGCAUGCUUUAGAAAGGCCUAAUUUUGAUGUCACGCCAGACCUUUUUCAGUAGGGUCACCUUGGGUGUCAGUCUUAUUGUCUGCUUCACUAUAAACACUAACCCUCCUUUCUUGUGUGUGUGUGUCUGCAGGAAGCCAGAGAAAGGCGUCCAGUACCUGACUGAGAGAGGGUUCGUCCCGGACACACCUGUGGGUGUGGCUCACUUCCUGCUUCAGAGGAAGGGUCUGAGCAGGCAGAUGAUUGGAGAGUUCCUGGGCAACCGUCAGAAACAGUUCAACAGAGACGUCCUGGAGUGAGUACUGUUGAUUGGUCAUUUUUAAAGGCCAGGUCAUGUGACCGGACCAGGAAAAUCUCUGGACACUCGUUAUUGUCUAUCAAUCCACCAUCGAUUGGGAGAUCACAAUAAUGCCUUGCACAGAUAGCAUUAUACUGUAGGCCAGGCCAGGCCAGAACAAUAGAUGUACUGUACCGAGUUCAGCAAACUAUCCUCCAUCUUCGCAUUCACCGCUCCUAAUUUAUAUCCUAACUGGGAGGUAAUUGUCUUGGAACAGUUGGUGCCAACAUUGUGCCCAUUAAAAUUCUACAUCUCAAACUAAGAUGGCCGAACUUUGUAUAUCUGUGGCCUUGGGCCAGCCUAGUAGAAUGUCCACACUCUGCUUCUCUCAACAAUCUGCUGCUCCUCACACUUGGCCUCGCUCAAAUGUGCUUCAUGUCAUUUUAAAAGGACUAUUAGGUGGUUCCCUGUCAGAUUUGGACAAAUCUUGAACUGCUGGGUGCAGAAUUCCCCCCUGAUCCGCGUGUUUCAGCUGGGUAGUGAAUGAGAUUGACUUUUGUAAUAACCACUUUUCCACAUGUAGAUUUGUACUAGAGGAAGGGGGAGAAAGUAAGGAACUUGUCUGUCGGCCUUGCAUUAAAGAACAUAAUUGGUUAAGGAAAACUGUGAUAAAUAAAAAAGGAUAUCAGUUUCACUUAAGGACCAAAGGAUUGACAGCCGUCCCAUAUAGAUUGCAAAAUAGUUAGGAAGAGAAUUUUGACGUACCGAUCCCAUGGCAUAGUGUUUAUGAACUGACACGCAAAACGACACCGGAUUCAAAAAUUUUAAUCUUUCAAUUUAAAUUAUUAUAUAAAAUUCUUGCUACCAAUAGAAUGUUAUUUAUAUGGGGGAUACAAUCUUCCCAGCUCUGCAGAUUUUGCUGUGAAGAGACAGAAUCAUUAGAUCAUUUGUUUUGGUUCUGUCCAUUUGUAGCUUGUUUUUGGACACAGGUCCAGGAAUGGCUAAAGGAUUGCAAUAUUUACCUGGAGCUAACCUUGCAGAUAGCAUAACUGGGUGAUCUGAAAAGUCAUAGUCAAUCGAUCAAUAAUAUAAUAAUACUUUUAGCAAAAAUGUUUAUUUUUAAUUCACAAUCUGUAGAAGCAAUGAGAAUAGAAAGGUUCAGAACUUUUGUAAAACAUCACAGUACGGUUGAAAUAUAUAUGGCAAAUAGAAAUCCUAUAUGGAUGGUAUUAAGAGAUAGAUGGGAGGUAUUGAAUGGAGUUGAAGGAUGGGACUAAUUACAAAUAACAACAAAUAAUAACAAGAACUAAUAAUGUAAGCAUACUGUGUCCAUAAUAAGUAUAUAGGUUGUAUGUUGGGAGCUUUUGGGAAAGAGCACAGUUAGAAAGAUAUGGCAUAUAGAAGCAAACCGGAUGGACAUCAUGAAAAUGAUCGGAGAGGUUGAGAGUAGAAGUUCAGGAGCAAAAACAAAAAAAACAAAUAAAAUAGAAUUAUUGUAAAAUGGACUGUGUCCAUAAGGUGUAGAUAGUAUGUAUAGGCUGGAAGUAGAGGCCUGGGCAUUGUUGUUCACUAAUUUACCCCAAGUAGGGUAAGGAUGGCGGGGAUGAAAAGUAAUAAAGGGGAGUAUAUAUAUAAAAAACAUGGGGGAUUGGAAGUGAUGCAGACAAUUACAUUGAUAGAAGUUACAAUCUAUCUGCAAUAUUAAGCUAAUCUACCCCCAAAAAAUAAAAUAAUAAUAAUAAUAAUAAUAUAUACCCAUUGAUUCUUGAACCUUAUACUCCACUGUUUGUAAACAAAGUAAAUGUAAACGAACACUGUAUAUCCUCAAAACAUGGUUAAAACUUUAAUUUGUAUAUCAUGGAUGGUCAGUCCUUGCAUACAUAGCGCUCACUUUGAUUUUGAGAGUGGUUACAUUUCUCCAGGCCCAUCCCUCAGCUUUUUACCAAAACAGAGGUGGGGUGACGGCUUUGUUAUUGUUUCAAUUAAGGAUUCCAGCUUGAAAUACUAUACAAAUCAGUUACAUAUUUGUUGGUUAGGGAAUUAAUUGGUUGGUUGGUUGGUUGUGUGUGUGUUCCAGCUGUGUGGUGGAUGAGAUGGAUUUUUCGUCAAUGGAGCUGGACGAGGCACUGAGAAAGUUCCAGAACCACAUCCGGGUCCAGGGAGAGGCCCAGAAGGUGGAGCGCCUCAUCGAAGCCUACAGGUGAGACAACAGAUACACAGGUCAGAGAAGCAUAUACUAGGUAGACAGCCAGGUUAGGAUGGGGGGACAUAUAAGAACACAUAUAGACUGAGGAUGAGAGGCUAUUCACAUAGACAGGUUUGGCCAAGAGGGUAACACAGGUCAGUGUUAGCAUCAAAAAAAAUUAUAACAGUGUAAUCAACAUCAACCAAAAUACUAUAAUCGCUAGUGUUACUGCACAUUAGUUUCGGAUAAUGUUUCAUCUCUUACGAGUGACUAAUAGUUCUUCACUCUUUUGCAUUACAUUUUCAAAUGUAAUGCAAACGUUGACCAAUGUAUUGGAAAUGCAAGUCACUGCUGGCUUUGCACACAACACUGUGUUGGCUAAAUUACUUAUUAAUGCGUAUAGGGACUCAGUGUUUCAGUUACUUUUGCUUGAGUAAAUAGGACACUUCCUCACGCAAUGCUGCAAUAAUGAUGACAUGGUACACACACAAUGCUGACAGUUAUUGACCUUCAUCUGAUGCAUUGUAUCCUGACCUUACAGAAUUUUCACCAGCAAGUCAACAAGACAAAUGUUGACAUUGUGUGGACAAAAACAAGUUUUAUAUUCAAAUGCAUUCUAUGAUGGCUCUUUAUAUCAAAGGCCUCUGACUCUUUCGACCUCUGACGUGUGAUGUCAUCUCCCUUUCCUGUUUCUCUUUAUUCCAGCCAACGCUACUGUAUCUGUAACCCCACGGUGGUGCGACAGUUCCGGAACCCUGACACCAUCUUCAUCCUGGCCUUCGCCAUCAUCCUCCUCAACACAGACAUGUACAGCCCCAACGUCAAGCCAGAGAGGAAGAUGAAGCUGGAGGACUUCGUCAAGAACCUCCGAGGUGAGAGAGAGGAGGGAAUGUCAGGGUUUCUGAAGACAAAACGGAGACAUUGUCCUCUACAUACUUUAGAGAAAAUAAAGAAUGAUAAAAUCAACUAAAAACGGCAUCAAGUGAGUGUAGGACAUUCACAAUGUGAUUGCUUCACCGCUUUAACAAGGCACACCUGUAACAAUGCUAUCUAUCUGGAUUAAAAGGAGAAAACGCAUAUCCACUCCAGCUCAGCAGGACAGAAGAGGGGCAGAGAAUAAGCUACAGGCUCCACAGUCCACAGACAGAAUGCUACUGUUCUGUCACGACAAUAUUGUUUAUUUGUGCUACGUGAUUAGCAUUUCAAUCAUGAAAGCAACAUUUUCAUCACACACAGAUUAAAAUAAUACCUUUUUCAUAGGGCGGGUGAUGGCAGCAUGUUGACUAUCUGAAGAGGCUGUCAUGUUACGUGUGUUAAAAUUGCAUUUCACUAUCUGGCAGCGUCUGGCAGUUCACAAGGGCAGGCUGUGAGUGGCUGUUUGAGAUAGAGGUGUUUGGGUUUAAAAAAGAUCGCUGACUAUGAUAGAAAUGUGUUAAAACGCUGAUUUAUUGCUCCUUCACUCAAUCACAUUAGCAUUUCUUAUUCUUGGGUGAGCAGUGUGAUAAAGCACAGUCAACUAUUUGUUGUCUUUUGCUUGGCAUUUGAGAUUUUAUUCGAGAAAUAAAGCAUGACGGGCUGAUUCAUCAUCUAUCGCGAUGAGUGUCAGUAAUGGUAAAACAACAAGAAGUAAUUGGCUAAGAGGGAUUGAUAUUCUCAGUCUAAAUGAAAAGGACAAAGUGUGUGUGUGUGUGUGUGUGUGUGUGUGUGUGUGUGUGUGUGCGCCUCUGUGUGUGUGUGUGUGAGUGUGUGUGUAACAGUUGUCUCCUCUCCUCCCCAGGGGUGGACGAUGGGGAGGAAAUCCCCAGGGAGACUCUGGUAGGAAUAUAUGAAAGGAUCAGGAAGAGGGAGCUGAAGACCAACGAGGACCACGUGUCUCAGGUUCAGAAGGUGGAGAAACUCAUAGUGGGGAAGAAACCG